AUGGAUGAAGUGAACAGGUUAUUUGACGAAUUUGAAAGACGAUCACAAGCCGAAGAAGACAGUAAAAACCUUACUCGAAUGUUUACCGAUCAAGUUAAAUCUAUUCAAAUUUCAUUGGAUGAAUAUGAACAUACAUUAAAUACUAGAUUGAGCGCCCCUAUACCAAGAGAUAUGGACACUUUGGAACAUUUAGUUAUUCAACACAAAGACUUUGAAACGUCACUGAAGAACUUGGGUCCUGAUGUAGAAGCCAUGCAAGCUACAUUCAAAAACAUACCAAACAAAACAGCAGCCUUACAAGCUAAACAUGAUAAGGUUUUGAACCAAUGGAACCAGUUAUGGAAUCUCUCUCAGCUUUAUGUUGAAAGACUCAAGUGUGCAGAAAUUACUUUGUCUGGAUUAGAUGAUGCAAACAAUGUUAUAUCAGAUUUUGAAAUUAAAUUAGCAUCCUAUGGUGAAAUGCCAUCUGAAUUACCGGCUUUAAAAUUAGUGCAUCAAGAUCUGAUAGCAUUACAAAAAAAUGUUGUCCUUCAACAGCCAAUCAUUGAUCAAUUGGUUGAAGAUAAACACAAUACCAGGCGCUUAACAGAAAAAUCCAGACACCACUUACCGCGAACUGCUCAUCACGAUUUGGAUAGACUAGACAGUGAUGUAAAUCGUAUUACAAGUAGAUGGAAUAAUGUUUGUAGUCAAUUAGUCGACAGGCUGAAGAGCUGUGAAGCAGCUUACGAUCUUUUGAAUAAAUACAAAAAUUCGUACCAGUCUGAAGUUAAAAUCAUUGACGAGAGCUAUGUUAAAUUGAAUAAUGUUGCACCUCUUAAAAUGCAAGCAAGAGAUCUUACAGAAACUACUAAGGCUUUGUAUAACAAGGUGCAGGAACGUACUAAAGCAAUUGAGAGCGUCAAUGUGGACGGUGGCAGAUUUAUACGAGAAGCUAAGAUAUAUGACCUACGACUUCAACAUUACUGUGCGUGGCUGGUAGACGAAGUUCAUCCAAGCCUUGAUGCCAGCAAUCAUAAUAAAGGCCAAAAUAUGGAUCCUAGUGUUGGUGAAUUGGCUGUGUCUCAUGAACUUGACGUGCUCAACCAUAGAUUUCAAGCAUUGCUCAACAUGCUGAUUGACCAGUUGAAAAAUCUAGCAUCAGUCAAUACUGAUGAUCUUGAACUACAGGAAUAUGUGAAGACAUUAGAGGCUAGGCCGUUGCGCACAUUCAGAACUGAAUUCAAUAUAUAUGAUACCAUUCCUGAUGUAUCGACAAAUGGUAUAGAUGAAACAAUAACAGCAACAAAUAUAGAUCAUCAGUCAUUUGCAAUGGUAAUCACAUUCUACACAAACCGUCGAAUCUAA